AUGGAUAUACCCUGGCAAAGACAUUACGCAACAGGCACACCUCUUCCCGGAAGCCCAAAUCGCAAUAGAAGCCUCGACGACCCUGCGGAAAGCAGCGGAGACGAACACAAUGGCAACAGAAUUCUCUUGACGCUGAAAGAACGAGUGCGACACUUUGUCUGGACUUGGUUUACAAUGACGAUGGCCACUGGACAAUUGGCGAAUGUCAUCUUGGCUGUACCUUACGAGUUUCACGGUCGAUAUGCGAUUGGUUGUUGCUUCUUCCUCUUCAACCUCGUUCUGUUCACGUUCAACGUUACCAUGAUAUCUCUCCGCUUCUACUGGUACCCCUCGACAUUCAAAGCCUCAUUCACGCAUCCCACCGAGUCGCUUUUCGUGCCCGCUUCAGUCGUGUCGUGUGGCACAGUCUUGACCAACAUUACUGAAUAUGCUGUCGGCAAUGGAAGAUCUGGAUACUGGCUUGAGAGGACUAUGAUUGUCUUGUUCUGGUGCUACUGUGGACUGGCCCUGAGUUUCACCUGUGGAAUCUAUCUCAUCAUGUGGUCGACCCAGACUUAUACCAUCUCUAGGAUGACACCAGUGUGGAUCUUCCCGGCCUACCCGUUGCUCAUCAUCGGUCCACACGCUGGCAGACUGUCUGCACGAGUGGCUAAAGAGUCGGCGUUACCGAUCAUUGUUGGCGGAUUCUGUCUUCAAGGCAUAGGCUUCAUGAUGAGUCUGAUGGUCUAUGCCGCGUUCUUGUACCGGCUUAUGACUCAAAAAUUGCCGAAGGAAUCUCUUCGUCCUGGCAUGUUCAUCUCCGUCGGUCCUUCUGGCUUCACCAUCGCGGGUGUCAUCACCAUGGCCCAAAAUCUUCCAGGAUGUAUACCGGAGAACUUUAUGGGCGUGGGAGAGAUGGCUGGUGUUAUCUCAGUUGUAAUGGCGAACUGGAUGGGCAUCUGGCUGUGGGGUCUCGCCAUUUUCUUCUUCAUCGUGUCCUGCGGUGCGCACUGGUCUUGUGUCAGACAUGGCCGUCUCCAAUUCGCUUUGACCUGGUAUUCUUUCAUCUUCCCAAAUACUGGUCUCACCACUGCCACUUUCGCUGUAGCACGCGCCCUAGAUCACUGUCGUCCUAUUCGCAUUCUCGGCUGUGUGCUUACCUGUCUCCUCGUAGCGGGCUGGUUCUUUGUUUUCGGAAUGAUGAUCCGCGCCGUCAUUCUCAAAGACAUUCUCUGGCCGCAGAAGCAAGAAGAUCGUGAUGAGGGCGGUUGGAAAACCGAACCUGAUGACUUGACAUUGAGCAAAACUCAAACUCGAACGGAGAAUCCUUACCCUGAUGGAGCUGCGGACACGCAUGCUGGCAUCCGGGCGUAG